GACCAUCAUGGGCCCUCACGGCAUCAGCAGAGCCGUCCAGAGGCUGGAGUUCUCCGACUGCAGGAAGGGACUGGGAGUCAAAGUGAUCGGAGGUUACAGAGAGCUGACCGGAGAAGACUUCGGGAUCUUCAUCAAGAGAGUGAUCGCAGGAGGCCUGGCUGCUCUGGAUGGUCGGCUGAAGUCAGGUGAUCUGAUCUUAGACGUUAAUAACAUCAGUCUGGUCGGAGUGACCAAUGAGAGGGCGGUGGAGAUCUUGAGGACAGCUUCGCUCUCUAACCACAUGUCUCUGCUGAUCGCCAGAGACGAUGAAUCCAGGAGGGAGUUUUCAGAGCUGAUGGAGAAGUACGGCUCCAACAAUGUGGCAGCUUCAGGUCGAAUCUCUCCGACUCAGCUGUCGUCAGGGAAACUGACAGACACAGCCUCCUCUUCCUCCUCCUCCCGGUCAGAGAGCCCCCAGCUCCUCAGUCCCAAAGAGGGCGGGGUCACCUCCUACAGCCACACUCCACACUACACCUCCAACAUGGCCUACACUAAUGUGCACACGCCCGCCUUCAGCGACAGCGUCAUUCAGUUGAUAUGUGUUGCCAAGGCAACGGGCCUGGGCCUCGUCGUCAAAGGCGGCGCCAACCGAGCCGAAGGACCAAUGGUGUUCAUUCAGGAAAUCGUGCCUGGAGGAGACUGUCAGAAGACUUCGAGGUCCUGAUCCGGGACUUGUUCAAGCCUCAGCUAGACGAGCUCUUGGGCUCUCAGCCAGGGUCCAGGUUCACGUCUGAAGAUCUCUGCAGCCUUCUGGAGUCUCCCACCAACCCACCGCCGUGUCUGUCGGACUCUGAGGACCUGGAGGAGAUGGAGCGGCUCAGGAAGGAGCACAUCGAGGCUCUGAGGGACAUCAAGAGGCUGCAGGAGCAGCUGGCCGAGUCUCAGAGGGUCCACCAGGAGCUGCAGGACGAGCUGAGUCAAGUCAAACAGGAGGCCAGGGCCGGGGUGGAGGAGAGUCAGGCCCUGAAGUCCCGGAUCCAGCUGGCCGAGGAGGCCCAGAAGCAGGCCAGGGGGAUGGAGAUGGACUACGAGGAGGUGGUCCACCUGCUGGAGGCUGAGAUCGCUGAGCUGAAGACUCAGAAGGUGGAACCUCCAGCUCCGAAGAAGGAGGAAACGGAGGAGCUGAAGAAGAGGGUGGCCGUCCUCGAGUGUCAGCUACGGAAGAGCGAAGCGGCCAAAAAGAGUUUUGAGAUGUCGACAGGAAAGCUGCUGAGCUUUGUGGAGCUCCGGAGAUGUUAAAGUCGGCUCGUCGGCGCACGGCCUUCCUCCUCGCUUCAAGAAGAGUCUGUGGACGGCGGCCUCGCUGGCCCAGGAGGCCAAGGAGCUGACCCGGUCCGUCAGAGCCGUCCUGGAGGUCGACUGUCUGCCUUAUGGCUGGGAGGAGGCCUUCACCACAGACGGAGUCAAAUAUUACGUCAAUCAUGUGACCCAGACUACUUCAUGGAGCCCCCCUGACCUGAGCAGCUCAGACCCUGAUCCUGACCCACCUCCAGAGGCCUUGGAGUCAGAGGCAGAACAAGGAGGAGAGGUGUCGGAGCACAGACCCCCGUCCAUCGAGACGGAGAUGUAGGAGCUGAAUGUCCAGUGUUAGGGUUCUGGCUCCUGCAGGUGGUCCUCCUCCAACCGGUCUAUCAAGGGUUCAUUUGGACCAGAAACAGAAUAUUUAGCAUGUUGGUGCUUUG